AUGCAUAGUACAACAGACGCAGAUGAAGGAACUCUGGAUCUCCCUCGCACCUCCGAAGUGUCUUCAUCAAAAUUUCCCCAAGGAGCAUCAGAAAUGGAUACCUGCCCUAAUUGCGAGUUUGGCGCUGUAAUCCCUUACACACCUUCUGUCAAUGCUAUUGAGCUCUUGCAAUUGGGAGCCUCAUCGCACGACGCCUGUCAUGCCUCUCUGUCGGACGACAUCGCCAAUCUUGAAGAGGAGCUACAAACAAUUGAAUCUCUCUUCAUACAAAUCAGAGAUCGACGAGACAGGAUUCGCAAGGACCUUGGCUACUGCAAGGCCCUCCUGGCGCCGAUCCGUCGUUUGCCUCGAGAGUUGUUACUUGAAAUAUUCGACUUUGCAUCUUCCGAUGUUCCUGAACCUCGUCAUGCUCCGUGGAUCCUCGGUCAAUAUCCUCCUGGGUUCCUCGAACAAUAUGCCUCUCUCUCCAGAGACUUACCCAUGCAUGUCUCCAUAAAAUACAUGGACAGUGAAACAAUGUACGCUCUCAGUGGCGUAGUCCUCCAUCCGGAACGUUGGUCAACUUUAGAGCUGCACACAAAUGCAGAAGAGUUGUCUGAGCUACUAUGGCUAGCCUCCAAGUCGUCUCCAGCUAUUCAAUUGACGAACCUUCGUAUCAACCUCAGUUAUACCAUUCAACCCCCGGUUUAUGCCACAGUGUCACACAAGCUCUUCUCUUCAUCGCCUAUCCAAGAUGCCACUUUUCAAGAUAUUUUAUAUCAGUGUAUGCCAAUAAACUUGACUGAGCUACACAAGUUCCAUGUAUAUUCAUACGAUCCUGCUGAACUCCACAACAUGCUACAACAUGCACAAUGUCUAACUGAAUUCACCAUAACACCAGCUCCGUGUCCUCAUGAUUUUGCUGGACCAAUUUCAUAUCCUCAUAUAACUCACACCUCUCUCCAAUGGCUUGCAUUUGUCAUUUCUGGGCCAGAUACAUAUCAUUUCGACAAAGUCUCAGUCACUUUCGACUAUGUCACUCUCCCUGCCCUCCAGGAGUUCAAUAUUCUACGGCCAGAACACUGGAUGUUUUUCCCAAUCACUUUCAAGGCUGUUGAGUACUCCCGUCUGAUUAAUCUCUUUCAGCGAUCAGAGUGCAAUUUGACUAUUAUCACCUUGUCCAUACCUGUCUCUGUUGAACUGUUCCUUGAUCCCAUCCUCAUGCAAUCUCCAGCUCUCCAAAAGCUGGACCUGAUCAUUGAUACAGCAACAGCAAGGGAUACCUUUAAAGCUUUGGAAUUUGAGAGAGGAAAAGCCCGGCAUCUAAGGGAGCUAUGCAUUAGAGAGGUUGAAAUAGAGAUGGGAAAUAUUAGUCUUAUGAAAGAGGCAGUUGGAUUUCAUGCAAUGGUCCUUUCCAGAUUGAACAGCAAUAGUCACCUGGCAAAACUAAGACUAUUAUUGCCGGAAUUCCAUUGGGACAUGCAUCAAGCCAGCUCAGUCCCUAAAAAUUCAUCAUUCCACAACUUCUUUAGGAUCAAGAAUCAAGGAAUAUACACUGAGUUCUUGUUGGAUCGAGAGGAUUGUCUUGUUGAUAGAGACACCCAUGUUCACAUCUUUGGUUCAUCCUAA